AUGGAGAGUGAUAGACACGCGCACCCACUCCUCACACCGUUGAACAACUCACAAGAUCAAACCAACACUACUGCAGUUUUCACCGCCAAAUCUGAUGACAUUCCUCCGAUCACCGAUGCCAGAACCUUCGCCAGAGGCUUCCUCAUUGAGUCAAAGAAACUCUGGUACCUUGUCGGCCCGGCGAUCUUCACCUUCAUCUCUCAAUACUCCCUCGGCGCUGUUACUCAAGUCUUCGCCGGUCAAGUCGGUACUCUCCAACUCGCCGCCGUCUCUAUUGAAAACUCCGUCAUCGACGGUUUCUGCUUAGUCAUCACGUUAGGGAUGGGAAGCGCGUUAGAGACGCUAUGUGGACAAGCUUUUGGAGCUGGAAAACUUGAUAUGUUAGGAAUAUACAUGCAAAGAUCGUGGUUAAUUUUAAACGCCACCGCGAUUAUUUUAAGUCUUCUCUACAUUUUUGUUGAGCCUCUUUUAAAACUUAUAGGCCAAACAACAGCGAUAUCAGAGGCUACAGGAGUUUUCACAAUAUGGAUGAUUCCUCAGCUCUUCGCUUACGCGAUGAGCUUUCCAGUACAAAACUUUUUGCAGGCGCAAAGUAGGAUAAUGGCUAUGGCAUGGAUUUCUGCGGUGGCGUUGGUGGGACAUACGUUUUUGAGUUGGUUUCUUAUGUUGCAUUUGGGGUGGGGGCUUGUUGGGGCUGCGGUGGUGCUUAAUUCUUCUUGGUGGUUUAUUGUGGUGGCGCAAAUUGUUUAUGUUUUGAGUGGCGCGUGUGGUGAAGCGUGGUCUUAG